AUGGCGACAAUUACCGAAGAGCUGCAACUCGCCCAGCUUCAGUUAGAAGGCUCUAUUGUCACAUUUGAAUCCUUUGAACUACCAACUUCCAACCAACGUAUUCUUGGGCCUCCACAUCCCAAGAAUACAGUUAUCCCUCUCACGUUGCGACCCACCAAGGCCGACGCCAAGGCAACCCUCGACGAUGUGGUAGAGACGAUUAAGUCUCUCCAAGAAAAAGACGGCAUUUUGACCAAGAAGCUCGCAAGACAUGGCACACUACUAUUUCGCAAUUUACCCAUCCACAACGCGGAAGACUUCAGCAAAUUCGCACAUGCUUUCGGCUAUAAACCCCACGAGAUUAUUGGCAUCGUAGUCGACAGACCACUUCUCGCGCCAAAUGUCGCGCCCGCCAAUGAAGCCCCCAAGGAGGUAUUGAUAUACAGCCACAAUGAGUCGCCGCAAGUACCACAUGCGCCCGAGUAUAUCUUUUUCUACGGACAUCAUGCACCAUCUAAGGGUGGGGAAUCGCCCAUCUCUUCUUCAUUGGAAUUGUUUAACCGUGCACAGCAAGAGAUCCCAGAAUUCAUCGCUGAGCUAGCGGAGAAAGGAGUGCUGAGUAAAGUGACAUAUCGAGUGGAGAAGCAGUAUGAAGGGGGAUCCACACUGAAGCAGGCUUUUGGCAAGGAAAUCCAAGAUGGCGACGAGGAAGAGACAAAACGCCGCAAGGUCGAGGCUCAGAUUGCCCGCUAUGGUAGAGGGGAGCAUACGACAUGGGAGUGGACUGGCGAUGGACUUGUUUUGACGCACCGGCUACCUGUCAUUCGAACGCAGCCCGGUACAAACCUGCCGACUCUUUUCACUGGGUUGGCGGCAUAUUGGAAACGUACACAGUUUGAUAACGAGGCGCGCAAGAAGGUCACUCAACAGCUCUUUGGGGAUGGGACGCCUAUUCCCGACAAGUAUCUUGCACACCUAGCGAAGAUCACGGAUGAGAUUCGGGUUCUGCAUCGUUGGCAGGAAGGUGAUGUGUUGGUUUAUGAUAACAUCAUUGCUCAACAUGGCAGAGAGCCAUGGCAAGGCGAGCAAUCUGAUCGAGUGAUUAUGGCAAGUCUAUUCGAUGGUGAAAGCGUGCCAGGCGCUUAUGGAUUUGGUGACUGGGCGCAGGUUGUGCAAGCACUGGAUUGA